AGCAUAUGACCCAGCUGACUUUGAGCACUUGAAUGUAAGUCCAGAAAUUGAAGACCUCUUUUCAUACAUCACACGCUACACGCCCCAGGCCAUUGAACUGGAGCAUCGGCUACGGCCUUAUAUCCCCGAUUACAUUCCAGCUGUUGGGGAUAUUGAUGCCUUCAUAAAGAUUCCACCACCAGAUGGAAAACCAACAUUGGUUGGUCUAGAAGUGUUGGAUGAACCUAGUGCACGACAAAGUGAUGCCACUGUUUUAGACUUGCAGCUGCGUGCUCUUGCUAAACAUACAACUGCAAAGUCUGUGACCGUGAAAACUGUUGAAAAUGCUGAAAAGAAUACAAAAGUUAUUGAAAAGUGGGUUCGUGAUAUCAGUGAGCUUCACCGAGCCAAGCCUCCACCAACUGUCCAUUAUAGCAAACGGAUGCCAGACAUUGACAGCCUGAUGCAAGAAUGGCCAGGGGAAGUAGAAGACCUCCUUAAGGAAAUUAGUCUGCCAACAGCAGCUCUCGAGUUGGACUUGCCCUCUUAUGUGGAUAUCAUAUGUGCUACAUUGGAUAUUCCUGUAUACAAGAGUAGGAUUCAAUCAUUGCAUGUUCUCUUCACACUGUACUCUGUGUUCAAGAAUUCAGCGCACUUUAGACAGCUGGCAGAGGAAAAUUACAUUGAGAAUGAUGAUUCAGAAGCUGAUAGAUUAAUCAUCCAGUAAACCAAGUAUGUUUGCUUUAAUGUCAUUGGUGUCAUGUAAGAAAACAAAUUGUUUUGCCAAAUCUCAUGUGAAUAAUAACCUUUUAAAAAUUUCUUGCACUGGGCAUGCUUAACUCUUUACCAAAGUUUUUAGAGAACCUAUGUAAUCAUGACUGUACUCAGACACAUCAUAGUAAAUUAUGCAAAAAGCCCUUGUAUGCAUAAUAAUUAAAUAAACAAAUAAAAUUGGCACUAGCAUAAAUUUGUCUGGCCAAGAAAUACUGGGCUUAGUUUUUCAUGUUUCCUCCGUCCUCACACACACUUAAAGGUCUGUGCCAGCCUCACUAGGCUAUAAGCUAACAUGAAUGCCCCAUACUAUCACUUUAGGUUCAACAUGCUUCAGGUUUAGCCCUGUCCAUGAGAUAUCAAAAAUAUCCAAUGAUGUCUUUUGACCACACAUUCACAAACAUGCCAUAGCCAAAAGGAGUGAAUAAGUUGCAGGCCUCAGGGGGCACAACUAGGUCAUAUAAAUAUUGACCAUUAUGUGUAAUGAAAAAUCCCUCCAUUAUCUUUCUCUGUCGUGGUCUGUAUCUUUCAGAUAAUGAUACCUGUGAGGUUAAUUUUAAUGGAUCACAUUCUGUUGACUUUAAGAUGUAAGCGAUCAAUAAAAAAAAGAGUAUUAAUGUGAGUUGUUCUUCCCACUCUCUUUUAUAACAGUGUUAAUAAUUAGUGUUCAUGUCCUAUGAAGAAAAUAUAUCCAGGAUAUGUUAAUAUUGUAAAAUUGGGAAGAAAUACAACUUUAGUGAGCUGAAGAAAGGUUUUGUUAAUUCAGUAUAUAUUUCUAUUUACUUUAUCAAAAUAUAGAAAACUUUUGUAAUACACCAUGUAUAAUAAAUGUAGAAUAAAUUAACCAUAUGCCUCUGGGGAUGACAUGUGGGUACAUGCCAUA